UAUUUUCUUAAUAAGAUUAGAAGGUCGCCAAACAUGGCAUACUUGCCAAAACCACUUGCUGCUGCUUCAUUUCUCGCCGCCAUACUUCUGCUCCUCAUCCAUUUCUCUAAUGCUCAACAUUAUCAGGUAGACUUGGCCAAUUCCCCAGCACCAAGUCCUCAGCCACAAGUCAUCGACUGCAACGGAGCUUGUAAGGGAAGGUGUGAGAAGUCAAAGAGACCAAAUCUGUGCAAUAGGUCCUGCGGCAGCUGCUGCGCCCGGUGCAAUUGCGUACCCCAUGGGACUUCUGGAAAUUACGAAGAUUGCCCCUGCUAUUUUAAACUCACUACCCACAACAACACUCGUAAAUGCCCUUAAUUAAUUCAUCCCUGUUUUUGAUUCUUUUCUUUUUUGGGUUUUUGCUGUUAUUGUCGUUUUAAUGCUUCUUUUUGUCGGUUAUACCUAGCUAAUUAUCAUUCAUAUGUACGAUUAAAAUAAUAAGAUUUCGUAUAUCGGUAUUUUCUUGCUUCUAUUGACGUAUACCCAAGAUGGAAAAUGUUGGUGUUUUCUGUUUGUACCCUUUUUAUUCACUUGAUCGAUUAUUACUCAUGGUGUAUUUUGAUGUCUUUUGAAGUUAUAGAACAAUGCUGUUUCUUUUUGUAGUUUAAGAAUGUUGUUUUUUUUUUGUAGUUUAAGAAUGUUUUCAUUUGGAUUAAAAUUUUAUGGUAUGGUUUGAUUUAGUCUAAUCCAUUAAAUUUGUCUUGAUUUAUACCUAAUUUGAUCAGAAUUGGUAAAAUUUGUAGCAUUACUAUUAUCUCAGUUUGGCG